AUGGCAUCUCUUAUUGGAAAGCAAGCACCAGAAAUCAGCGGUACCGUCGUCCGUGAAGGACUCUUCGAAGAAGUCUCAAACAAGACAUACGAGGGUAAAUGGCUCCUCUUGUUCUUCUACCCAAUGGACUUCACUUUCGUCUGCCCAACUGAGAUCCUCGCCUUCAACAAGGCUCUCCCAAGAUUCCAAGAGCUUGGCGUAGAGGUCCUCGGUGCAUCUACCGACUCAGAAUUCACCCACCUUGCCUGGUCAAACGUACCACGUAACGAGGGUGGUCUCGGUCCAGACCUCAAGCUCCCAUUGCUCGCUGACAAGUCACACAAGGUCUCAAAGAACUACGGUGUUCUCCUUGACGACGGUGUCACCCUCCGUGGCUCAUUCUUGAUCGAUCCAAAGGGUGUCCUCCGUCAAAUCACUGUCAACGACCUCCCAGUUGGUCGUUCAGUUGAGGAAUCUAUCCGUCUCAUCAAGGCAUUCCAAUUCACUGACGUUCACGGUGAAGUUUGCCCAGCAGACUGGAACCCAGAGACCAACAACUCAACUAUUAACCCAGAAAACAAGUCUGAGUACUUCUCAAAGCAACAGUAA